AUGUUGAAGAGGGUGUGUUCUCGAUUGAGUAGAAUGGUACUUAAUCUAGGCUAUAAUUAUGUAUAUGACUACCCAGUGGUAUUAGGUCAGGUGUUGGACGGGAUCUGGAACGUCUUUAGCGGUGAUCCUUCCUCCGAAGCUGCCACGGAAGAACCCCGGGCUGAACUGAGUCGCCACAUACUCCAAUGCAAGGAACUCCGCCUCAAUAACGACGGAGACCUCGUCCAUGUAGAACGAACGCCAAGUUUAUAUGAGAUUGGUGUAGUUGUUUGGUACAUUGUGAUGAGUACGCCCGAGUAUCCGGAGGGUCGACCGAUUAUCCUCAUUGCCAACGACGACACUCUCAAAGAAGGUUCCUUUGGACCACGCGAAAGCCUCGUGUUCUGUCGGGCUAGUGAAUUAGCUCGUCGUCUGCGUAUCCCACGAAUCUUUAUUUCGUCCACUGCGGGUGCCCUAUUUGGAUUGGCCGAGGAGGUGAAGAGUGUGUUCAGGGUUGCGUGGGUCGACGAAAAU